CAGCUGCUCUCAACCUUCUGUGCAACCUCAGCCUAACACCAUGACUUCCUGCUACAUCAGCUCAUCCCAGUGUCCGGGCAGCACCAGGUUGCCUGCCCCAACAAAUGUCUAUGGCCCCUCCAUUGACAUUGUGGGCCAGCCUGGGGCAGAGGCCAGGGCUGCCUCCCUGUGCCUGUCGGCCACCGUGGCACAUGCCAACCGAGCCCGUGUGGGGGCAACCCCUCUGGGCAAACCCAGUCUGUGCAUGCCCUUCAGCUGCCGCACCGCUUGCCCCUUGCCAGGGACCUGCAACAUUCCCGGCAACAUUGGAGUCUGUGAGAACUAUGCGGAAGGCGCCCCAAAUGGCCAUGAGAAGGUAACCAUGCAGUUCUUGAAUGACCGUCUGGCCAACUACCUGGAGAAGGUGCGCCAGCUGGAGCGGGACAACGAGGAGCUGGAGACCAAGAUCCGAGAGUCGAGCAAAUGCCAUGAGUCUACCGUGUGUCCAGACUACCAGUCCUAUUUCCAGACUAUUGAGGAGCUCCAGCAGAAGAUCCUGUGCAGCAAGGCUGAGAAUACCAGGCUGAUUAUCCAAGUUGACAAUGCCAAGCUGGCUGCCGAUGACUUCAGAAUCAAGCAUGAGAGUGAGCUCUCCCUACGCCAAAUGGUGGAGGCAGACAUGUGUGGGAUGCACAAGCUCAUGGAUGACCUGAGCCUGGCCAAGGCUGACCUGGAGGCCCAGCAGGAGUCCCUGAAGGAAGAGCUGCUCUGCCUCAAGAAGAACCACGAACAGGAAGUGAGCAUUCUGAGGAACCAGCUUGGGGACAAGCUCCAGAUUAAGCUGGACGUGGAGCCCACCGUGGACAUGAGCAGGGUGCUCCAGGAGAUGCGGUGCCACUAUGAGGCCAUGGUGCAGACCAACCACAAUGAUCUGGAAGAGUGGUUCCAGGAUCAGUCUGAAAGCAUCAGCAAGCAGGACAUGUCCUGCUCCGAGGAGCUGCGGUGCUGCCAGUCGGAGAUCCUGGAGCUGAGACGCACGGUGAAUGCCCUGGAGGUCGAGCUUCAGGCCCAGCACAGCCUGAAAGACUGUCUGCAGAACUCCCUGUGUGAAGCUGAUGCCCGCUUCGGUACCGAGCUGGCCCAGAUGCAGGUGCUGAUCAGCAACGUGGAGGAGCAGCUGUCUGAGAUUCGGGGUGACCUAGAGCGGCAGAACCAGGAAUACCAGGUGUUGCUGGACGUCAAGGCCCGGCUGGAGUGCGAGAUUGCCACAUACCGGAAACUUCUGGAGAGCGAGGAUUGCAAACUCCCUUGCAAUCCAUGCUCCACCUCUGCCUCCUGUGUGACUACCCUCUGCACACCUCGUCCAAGCUGCACACCCUGCAACACUUGUGUGCCUGGACCAGCCUGUGGAACCAGCACUGGGAGCCGGUUCUGAAUGCCCAUGCACCAGCAGGGGUGAUUAAAGUGAGGGGAUGCCAAGGAGAAAUGUUUAUUAUACAUCCAGGCAGUAUGGUUUCUAACUAUUGCUGACUUUCUCUAUUCAGAGGCCUUUCAAAGGCCCCAAGAUAUCAGGAGAAGUGGAAUCUUAGUUGAGAGUCUUCCUUUUUAGCUCUGAAUUUUCCCAGAUCAGUUCCAUGACCUUAGUGGCUGGAUCCCAGACACCAGUGGUGGCUUAGGGAUAUCUACAUUGGAGAGACUCAUGUAUAGGAUCAGAUUGAGGAAGUAUCUUGGAGGAGAGGAUAGGGUGGGACCUGAGAUUGCAUUUGCAUUUCAAAUACCAAUUUUAGUUUGAAAACUUUUCAGUUUGUGACCAGGAAAGUGAGGAACAAACUUCUGUGUUUGGGAUUCUCCCCAAUGUACUAAUUAUCACAUCUCCAGCCUUGGGUAAUGGUUCUUGCAAGGGGGCAAUGGAACUAGAUACUACGUAUCUGACUACUUCCUCUUCUACUUCCUUUCUUCUAUCCUCCUGCCUCCCUGCGUUGGAAGUGGCUCCAUUUCCUCUCUAGGGUUAAAUGGGAACUUCCCUUGUAUCAGAUUUGAGCCUCUUCACUCAGAGUUCUAUCUCUGACAAAGGACCAGACUUGCCUCUUGCUAUGUAAAGGGAACUUUCAGAUUUAAAAAAAAAAAUCUUCUCCAGAAAUCUUGACUCUCCUAACAAUUAUCUGGUUACACCUAUCUUUUCAUCUAAUUUUACAGUAAAAUUUGAAUGCUGACUUUAUUUUUUCUAUUACUUUCUCCUGAAAUAUUAAAACCUAUUGAUUCAAUAGGUCACACUGUCAGACAUGAUGAUGUAGGGUAAUCGAAAAUACAGCAUUACAAUUGUUUCAAAAUUUUUAGUCUUGCUUACCUUCUAUGCCCCCACAUCAUGUCUUCCCACCCUCUCUUUCCUCAUCAUGAUGCCGCCACAUUGGCCAGUGCAUUCCUUGGACAUGCCUGAGACUGGUCCCUGUUCUUCUUCCUCCCUGGAAUGCUUUCUCCCUCUUUCUUGUUAUUCAGGCCUCAGCAGAAAUGUCACUUCUGAGAGCGCCUGCUUGGCCAUCGGUCCACAAUGAUCACAGCCUUGUCACCCUCUGUCCAGCUUACUGUCACCAUGGUAGCUCUCAACAACUAAAAUGCCUGCUUCUCCAUUGUUUUUUCAUUAAAAUGCUUCCUGGAGAUUAGCGUUUGUCCACUGCUGC